AUGACCUUUAGAAUUUUGUUGGAUGCCUUUAAAAGUGGUGUGUACAUCCUACUCUUGAGCCUGGUGGCACUUCAGCAACUGGACUUUGGAUCUAGUUCCCGCAUCCUGGCAGCCUUCUUCUUCCCCGGGAAAAGCCAUUUCAUGAUGACCAAUGCCAUCAUCAGGGAGCUGGUAAAGCAAGGACAUGAAGUCACUUUCAUCACACCUUUCACCUUGGCCAAGGAAAACCUCGGACCGAACUACAGGGAAAUUGUGAUCCCGCAAUAUGAUUUCUGGCCAGAGACCAAGGAGAUAACGAACACCAACAGCGUGCUCGAGAUGACCGAUAUAUCGAGUUGGACCUUUAUCCAGCUGGUCAAUAUGAUGGGUAUUCGUAGCACUGACUUUGCAUUUGAACAGCCAGGAGUUCAGGAGUUAAUCAAUGAAAAGAAUAAGGCUGGAAAGUACGAUCUGCUGCUGGCACCGCAGUUCUACAACGAGGGAGCCCUCAUCCUGGGACACCUCUAUCAGAUCCCCAUCAUAACCAUGUCGACCCUGGGCUUUUCCAACUUCUUUAGCCAACUGGUUGGCAUCGUUUCUCCGUGGUCCUAUGUUCCCCAUGGCUUUAUGCCCUAUACGGAUCGCAUGUCUCCGUGGGAGCGAAUUGGAAAUGUGGCCAUCAGUGGUGCCGAGGAUCUCAUUAGGCAGUUCUCAUAUUAUCCCCAGCAAAAUGCCAUUCUAGAAAAGCACUUCUCCCACUUGCUCGAUAGAGUUCCCACCGUCAAAGAAUUGGAGCGCAAUAUCUCAGUCAUCCUGCUAAACAACUAUGUGCCACUGAUAUCGCCCAGACCCAUUUCCUUUAACAUGAUUCCAGUGGGCGGACUGCACAUUCAACCUGCAAAGGAUUUGCCUGUGAACCUGCAGAAAUUCCUGGAUGAUGCUAGCCAUGGAGUUAUUUAUUUCAGCUUGGGCUCCCAAGUUCGCAGUGCAGAUAUGCCACCCGAAAAACUGAAGAUAUUCCUGGACGUCUUUGGCAGUCUGAAACAGCGCGUUCUGUGGAAGUUCGAAAAUGAAUCUAUUUCCAAUCUGCCUGCCAAUGUGAAGGUGCAGAGUUGGUUACCUCAGGCCGACAUCCUGGCGCAUCCCAAUGUCAAGGUCUUCAUUGCCCAUGGUGGACUCUUUGGCACCCAGGAAGCAGUUUACCACGGAAUACCAAUUCUAGGAAUGCCCGUCUACUGUGAUCAGCAUCUAAACAUUAAUCUGGGCGAAAGGGCAGGAUAUGCUUUGGGUCUGGACUACCGAAAACUAACUGCAGAUGAGCUGCGGAAGUCACUGCUUGAGCUGAUCGAAAAUCCAAAGUAUAGGAUCAAAAUAAAGCAGGCUUCAAAGGUAUUCCGCGAUAGGCCCCUUAAAGCUAUGGAUACUGCGAUGUACUGGAUCAACUAUGUGAUCGAGCACCGAGGAGCUCCUCAUUUGGUGGCAGCUGGCGUGGAGAUGCCCUGGUACCAGCUCUACUUGCUGGACAUGGUGGGCUUAGCUCUGGCACUUAUCCUCUUGCCAAUUGUGGCUCUAAUCCUUAUCUGCCGCAGGAGCUCCUCCAAAUCAACAGGGCCUCCGAGAAGAAAGACCAAGAAGAAUUAGAACCAAAACUGUAAUUUUAUUUUGGUUAAUUGUAUAGUUAAAGUUUUCUGAGUACCAACAGCUUAGAAACAAAUCUAAUUUUUCUAAUUAGUUAAUAUUAUAGAUAGAUAAGUGUACACAUAUGGCAUGUCAUAAUAAAAGUCGCAAUCGAUUGGC